UGAAUUUAAUUUUAUGUUUCAAUGAAUAUUUUAAAUAAAUUCAAAGAAAUAAAGUCUGAUAAUAAAACAAAUUUAAUAAAAAAUUUAUUAAAACUAAUAAAAAAUAAUAAACGUUAUAAAUAGCUAAACCUUUUAAUCAUUAGUAGUAGACUGUCAAACCACUUGCACUACAGUGUAUAAAUUUGCACAUUCCGUUAAUAUCAUUCGAUAAAUAAGUUUUAAAAUAUAUUAAAAUUAUUAAAAUGAUUUGAUUUUUUAUUAUAUCAUAGAAGAUAUACAUGUAUAUAUCAUUUUAAUAAUGCAGACGAUAUAUAUUUGUAUAAGUUUGUUAAUCAGCAUAUCACUAGCUCUUGGGUCAUCAAAAUUUCAGAGCGAACUUGAUUAUGAUGGCUGGUUGCAAUUACGAUUGUGGCACGCAUUUAACGAUGAACCAGAGCCGAUUUUCAUAGAACGAGGUAAUAUUACAGUAUCAAGUGUUCGUAGCGGUGCCUCUGUUAUUGGACAAAAUGGAUUGCUGCAAUCCCAUAUAAACGAACUAAAAAAUCUUGCCAAAAAUGAUGGCAAAUAUAGACUUAAAGCAGUAGCUCGAACUUCUUCAGGAAAUGAAAUAACAUUUUUAUCUUCUGUACCUGCGUGUUAUCUUCUUGGUUCUGAUCUUGAAGAUGUCAUAACAAUUUGGCUAGAUAGUGCAGCGGAACCAAUAGUUGUCAGUAUAUCAUCGCCUGGCCCCUGCAGUAUAGAAAAUCCAUUUACAAAUAUGUGGACAACUAAUGUUGUCGUUAAAUAUCCUGAUGGUGGACCAGUUCCAGACACUGCUACAUAUAUUCAAAAACUUGAACGUGAAAGAGAAGCAAGAGAAAGAGGAGAAGCAAAAGAUAAUAGAUCUUUCCUUGCAAGAUAUUGGAUGUACAUUGUUCCUGCAUUGAUCUUUGUUAUUCUAUCAUCUGCAACAAAUCCAGAAGCUGGAGGAGCAGCAGGUGGCAGUGCUCAAAGAUAAUAACUUAAAGUGUCUGUGGUGCCUCCAAGAGUGCUUGUGUCGAAUCUUUUAUUUAUAAACUUACAAUAUACUUUCAUAAUUACAAUUGUAAAAAUAUAAUUGUAUCUUUUUCUGAAUAAAUUCUGAUUUAAUUAAA